AUGAGUCGUAGAUAUUCCAAAGCCGUAGGACUUGCUGCAUCUCUUCCUUUGGUAGUUAAAACUGGUAAAUAUAACAUUGGGUUUAGAAGUGCAUUGAAAAAUAUUAUAAAUAAGAAAGCAAAGUGUGUUAUCGUAUCAAGCAGUCUUCCUGCUGUUAAAAGAAAACAGUUAGAAUAUUACUGUGUUCUUGCAGGUGGUAUCCCACUAAAAUUCUAUGAAGGUACAAAUAAUGCAUUAGCUAAUUUAUGUGAGUUGAAGUAUAGAACAGGAGUUAUGACAGUUUUAAAUGUAGGAGAAUCAGAUUUACUUACAGAAAAAAUAAAUUAA